AAUAUCAAAAGGAAUUAUAUACUUUCCUUUUCUUCCAUUAAAGAAGAAUGAAUCAUUUGAGAAUCCAUAAAUGGAAUCGCUUGCUCUGCAAUCCAAUUCAAUCGUUAAAAGUCCGCUCGUACCAACGAAAUGCGGAAACAGAGAAUUGAGUAGAAAUGUGGAGAGAUUUUGUUUAUGUGAUAGUUGGUGGGGGUGUCGCCGCGGGUUAUGCAGCUCUUGAAUUUACAAAAAAAGGUGUCUCUCAUGGUCAACUAUGUAUCAUCUCCAACGAAACUGUGGCUCCUUAUGAGAGACCUGCACUAAGCAAAGGUUUUCUAUUUCCAGAAGCUCCUGCGCGCCUUCCUGGAUUUCAUACAUGUGUAGGUGCCAAUGAAGAGAAAUUAACACCAAACUGGUACACUGAACAUGGAAUUGAAUUGAUACUGGGAACCCGAGUUAUAUCUGCUGAUACGAGGCUUAAGACGCUACUGACAGCAACCGGAGACACCAUCACCUACAAAUAUCUCAUCAUUGCAACCGGUGCUCGGGCAUUGAAACUUGAAGAGAUUGGUAUAAACGGAUCCAACGCUGAAAAUGUAUGUUAUCUGCGUGAUCUAGCUGAUGCAACCAAGCUCGUGAACAUGAUGAGAGUGUGUACGGGCGGAACCGCCAUUGUCAUAGGAGGAGGUUAUAUUGGAAUGGAAUGUGCUGCUUCUUUGGUGAUGAACAAGAUCAAGGUUACCAUGGUGUUCCCCGGAUCGUAUUGUAUGGAUCGUUUAUUCUCCCCGAAAAUAGCGCGCUAUUACGAAGAUUUCUACAAGUCGAAAGGGGUGAAUUUCAUCAAAGGCACAAGCUUGUCAUCUUUAGUUAUUAACUUAGAUGGGAAGGUCACGGGAGCUAAACUUAAGGACGGACGUUACGUUCACGCGGACAUGGUUGUCGUUGGGAUCGGGGCCCGCCCCAACACGAGCCUAUUUGAAGGCCAGCUCACUUUCGAAAACGGAGGAAUUCAAGUAAACAGCCAAAUGCAAUCAAGUAAAACCUCAGUCUACGCAGUUGGAGAUAUUGCAUCAUUUCCCGUUAAGCUUUUUGGCGACACUCGAAGGCUCGAGCAUGUUGACGCCGCUAGAAAAACCGCCAAGCACGCUGUGUCUGCAAUUAUGGAGCCAAAAACCACUCCGGAUUUCGAUUACAUGCCAUUCUUCUACUCAAGGGUGUUCUCAUUGUCUUGGCAGUUUUACGGAGACAAUGUUGGGGAAGUAGUUCAUUUUGGUGAUUUUUCGGGGACUAAAUUUGGAGCGUAUUGGGUGAAUGAUAACCGGUUGGUUGGAUGUUUUCUUGAAGGUGGAGGGAAUGAAGAUUAUGUGGCUAUAGCGGAUGCAAUCAGGCUUAAACCGGUUGUUUUGGACUUGGGUGAGCUUGAGAGGAAGGGUGUGGAUUUUGUGUUGGCGGUGGGCCAGAAACCGCCAGUAUCGCCCACUGUUUGUUGUGGUGGUGGUGAUUCUAGUAUUCCUUUGAAGAAAGGAGGUUACUUGUGGUAUGCAGUUUCUGGCAUUGUUGUGGCUGCUUCGGCAGCUGCAUUUGCGUAUUGGUAUGCUGACUCUGGAAGCCUCUACCGAUAUGGAUAGAGGUAAGGUGUGGCUACAUCUCACCGUUCCUAGACUUUUCCAGUAGCUUUGCUAUUUGUGGCAUUUAUUGGUUGCGGUUGUUGUUGUUGUAUGCUAAGUAGGCUGUGAAAUUGAUUUAUUUGUUUUAAGUUGAAUAUUGGUAUAUAAAUAAUAAUGUUGGAUUUUAAAGCA